AUGCUCAUUCAAGUCGUAUGGAUUCUCGGGAUCACAGCAAAGGGUUUAUGUUCAACUUCGUGCCAAUCGAGCACCAUAGUGAACGUCUGCCACCAGGAUCCCGACACUGGCUCAGGCGCCAAACGACUAUUUUUUUUCUACGAUUGGAGGACCGAUAAUUGCAUAGAGAAUAUGGUUUUUCCUCCCGAUGAUGAUGACAAUGAAAACAAAUUCGUCAACCAAGAACUAUGUAACACCAAAUGCAGAAAAAAUGUACCAAAGGAGUGUUUUGAAGACCCCGAAAAUCGCUGGGGAAAUCAGGACAUUGAAAGGUGGACUUACAACUCUUCUUCCCUGAAGUGCGAAAAAUUUCGCUGGAAAGGCGGCAGGGGACCCAGAGACAACAUUUUUGAAUCGUAUGCUCAAUGCAAUAACAAGUGCAGAAUUGCUGACCUAGGACUAUGUGCAUACCCGUUUCGCACCCAAUGUAAACACGGUGACGAUCUUUAUAUUUGGUAUGAUUAUAAAGAGCAAAGAUGCAAAAUUUUACCCCCCGACUACUGUCCUACACAUGGAAACGCAUUCUAUACAUUUCGCCAGUGCUACCAACGCUGUGGAAGAUUUGUGGAAGACAAGUGCAAGCUACCAAUACAAAAUAUGAGUUUUUGCACUCAAUUUGAGUACAGGUAUGGCUACAAUACAAACACAGAAAAGUGUGAAAAGUUUUGGGGAUGUGAAGAUAGCGGAAACAAUUUUCAUACCGCAAAAGCAUGUUGGGAAACUUGUGCGAAAAAAUCGAGGCACCGCUGCGUGCAAGUUCCAGAUUAUAGAUUUUCUGGUUUCGUUAAUAAAUACUACUACGACAUAGAUUCUCACAGUUGUGUAAGCAAGCACAUGUUUCGUGGCUAUGUUCCUGGUGAUUCAAACAUAUUCAACACACAAAAAGAUUGCGAAGCAACAUGUAUGGCAACAUACCAGCAUGAGGAAGAUUGGUUGUAA